ACUGAGAACUCCGCUCUCGGGGCAGCUGUCCACGGUUCUCUUUUAAGGAGCCACUGCGCCCUCCAGUGGAGAAACGGCGGAGGAGCACCAAAGGGGAGGGCGGUUGACCUUAAUACCGCCUCCGAAGGGCGGGGAGAUUUCAGAUCCCGCCCCGUCUAGACCCCCACCCCUGACGCAACCUCGUCCUGCAGCUCCGGUUGGCUGGCUUCUGUGCGUGAGGACGUUGCGUCGUGGGGCGGGGCAGAUGAGCGGUGUCCGUGGGGUCUCAGCCGUAUGCCAGCGAUCGCCGCCCCCAGUGUCGUGCGGCUGCCGCCUCUCGCCUACUUUGAGAGGGGAACCGGCGACGGCCGGGGCUUCGGGUGGCCGCGCAGCCGCCGGGCGUCUCUCCUCAGCCACCUCUUUUAGCUGGCGGCUGUCCUCGAGCGGGUCGCGGCCGGGGGAAGAUGGCGCCCACGCCGCGCGGCGUACUGGAGCAGAUGCAGUUGGGCUAUGGGUCCGGACCGCUCGCGCGGCUCUUCUUCGUUGCGCAGGUGCUGCUGCUGCUGCCCUCCGCCCUGGCCGGUCCAUGCCCGGGACCCUGUGUCUGCCGCCCUCCACUGCUGGACUGCAGUCGCAGGAAGCUGCCGGCGCCCAGCUGGAGGGCGCUAUCGGGCCCGCUGUCCACCGAUGCCGCCACCCUGGAUUUGAGUCAUAAUCGAUUGUCUAACUGGAAUAUCAGCUUGGAAUCACAAACAUUACAGGAAGUGAAAAUGAAUUACAAUGAACUAACAGAAAUCCCCUAUUUUGGAGAGCCAACACCUAAUAUAACUCUACUUUCAUUAGUCCAUAAUUUCAUCCCAGAAAUAAAUGCAGAGGCAUUGCAGCUUUACCCAGCUCUUGAGAGUUUAGACCUCAGUUCCAACGUAAUAUCAGAAAUCAAGACAUCUUCAUUUCCUCGAAUGCAGCUUAAAUACCUGAAUUUGAGUAACAAUAGGAUAUCAACCUUGGAGGCUGGUUGCUUUGAUAACUUAUCAAGUUCCUUAUUAGUGGUAAAGUUAAACCGGAACAGAAUUAGCAUGAUUCCACCUAAAGUCUUCAAGCUGCCUCACCUCCAAUUCUUGGAACUUAAAAGAAACAGGAUUAAAAUUGUAGAAGGUCUUACUUUCCAAGGGCUUGACUCCCUAAGAUCAUUGAAGAUGCAACGGAAUGGAAUUAGCAACCUUAAAGAUGGAGCAUUUUUUGGCUUGAAUAAUAUGGAAGAAUUAGAACUGGAGCACAAUAACCUCACUAGAGUGAACAAGGGCUGGCUGUACGGCUUACGCAUGCUACAGCAACUAUAUGUGAGCCAGAAUGCUAUUGAGAGAAUCAGCCCUGAUGCCUGGGAGUUUUGCCAGAGACUGUCUGAACUUGAUUUGUCCUAUAACCAGCUGACCCGCCUUGAUGAAUCUGCCUUUGUGGGUCUGAGCUUACUGGAGAGAUUGAAUUUAGGGGACAACAGAGUCACUCAUAUUGCCGAUGGUGUAUUUAGGUUUCUUUCCAAUCUUCAGACACUGGACUUAAGAAAUAAUGAAAUUUCAUGGGCCAUAGAAGAUACUAGUGAAGCCUUUGCUGGACUCACAAGUCUCACUAAAUUAAUCUUACAAGGAAACCAGAUUAAGUCAAUUACAAAGAAAGCAUUCAUUGGUCUUGAAUCCCUUGAGCAUCUAGAUUUGAACAACAAUGCUAUAAUGUCUAUCCAAGAAAAUGCUUUUUCUCAGACUCACUUGAAAGAGCUUAUUCUGAACACAAGCAGUUUGCUCUGCGAUUGUCAUUUGAAGUGGCUACUUCAGUGGCUGGUUGAUAACAACUUCCACCAUUCUGUGAAUGUAAGCUGUGCACAUCCUGAAUGGUUAGCAGGGCAAAGCAUCCUGAAUGUGGACCUUAAGGAUUUUGUCUGUGAGGAUUUUCUGAAGCCACAGAUAAGGACACACCCUGAAACCACAGUUGCUUUAAGAGGCGUUAAUGUGACUCUGAGGUGCACUGCAGUGAGCAGCAGCGAUUCUCCCAUGUCUACUCUGUGGCGCAAGGACAGUGAAAUCCUGUAUGAUGUGGAUAUUGAGAAUUUUGUUCGUUAUCGGCAGCAGGCUGGAGAAGCUCUGGAAUAUACUAGUAUCUUGCAUCUUUUCAAUGUGAAUUUCACAGAUGAAGGAAAAUACCAGUGUAUUGUUACUAAUCACUUUGGUUCUAAUUAUUCUCAGAAAGCCAAACUAACUGUCAAUGAGAUGCCAUCUUUUCUUAAAACUCCAAUGGAUUUAACUAUUCGCACGGGUGCCAUGGCCAGAUUAGAAUGUGCUGCGGAGGGGCACCCUGCACCUCAGAUAUCCUGGCAGAAAGACGGCGGCACUGACUUCCCUGCAGCCCGAGAAAGACGCAUGCAUGUCAUGCCCGAGGAUGAUGUCUUCUUCAUCACCAAUGUGAAGAUAGAAGACAUGGGGAUCUACAGCUGCAUGGCUCAGAACGUUGCGGGUGGCCUCUCGGCCAAUGCCUCUCUCACUGUCUUAGAGACACCAUCAUUUAUUAGACCUCUGGAGGACAAGACAGUCACUCGAGGUGAAACAGCAGUGUUACAGUGUAUAGCUGGAGGGAGUCCUGCCCCUCGCCUCAACUGGACUAAAGAUGACGGACCGCUCCUGGUUACAGAACGACACUUCUUUGCUGCAGCCAACCAGCUUCUCAUCAUUGUAGAUGCUGGGCUAGAAGAUGCUGGGAAAUACACCUGCAUUAUGUCAAAUACUCUUGGGACGGAACGGGGACACAUUUACUUAAAUGUCAUUUCAUCCCCCAAUUGUGACUCUUCUCAGAAUAGCAUCGGCCACGAAGAUGAUGGCUGGACCACAGUUGGCAUUGUCAUCAUUGUUGUGGUCUGCUGCGUUGUGGGCACCUCUUUGAUCUGGGUUAUUGUUAUUUACCACAUGAGGAGGAAAAAUGAAGACUAUAGUAUCACAAACACAGAGGAGCUCAAUCUGCCUGCAGACAUUCCUAGCUACUUGUCUUCCCAAGGAACACUGUCUGAACCACAGGAGGGCUACAGCAACUCUGAGGCAGGCAGUCAUCAGCAACUUAUGCCUCCUGCCAAUGGAUACAUACACAAAGGCACUGAUGGUGUCCCUGGUACCCGGGUGAUCUGUUCAGAUUGUUAUGACAAUGCCAACAUCUACUCGAGGACCCGAGAAUACUGUCCGUACACAUACGUCACUGAGGAGGACGUUCUAGAUCAGACACUGUCCAGCCUCAUGGUCCACAUGCCCAAGGAGACAUUUUUGACUCACCCUCCCCAAGAUGCAGCUGCUCUGGAGAGUCUGAUAUCCUCAGUAGACAGAGACCUGUCUGCCUUUCCCACCAACCACGAGAGGAUAAAUGAGACUCUUCCUUCCACACAGAUGACCAAUGAAACAUUGCAGCAGCCUCUGUGGAACAUGGACAGAGAACUGGGCCUGCUUCCCUUUUCUCAGACGCCUGCCCUUGAGUCACCUCAAGUUCAUCAACAUGAGGGCCUGGUAGAGAGAGAUCCAAACUGCUCUCCCCCCAUGUCCUGCCACAGGCUACAUGACCACAGUUUUGAUUUUAGUAGGACUCGGAACAUUCAAGAUGGUAGUGAGGGCACAUGAAGCCCAGUCCAGGAGGAAACUGGGCAGAGACGCAAGUUAGUUAAUUUUGUAUUUACUACCUCAGAGUUGAGAAGAAACCCAGAGUCAGCAUUUGCAUUACUCUUUGUUUCUAAUUACAUCUGACCACACCAAGGUAGGUCUGGCGUUAGUUUGACUUAUACCUGGUGAAGAAAGGGUAACAGCUGACAGACAUGUUAUCAAGUGGAAAAUGCACAGCACUGGCAGAGGAAGACACGGGCAGGUGUCCUUCCUGAUGGCCCCACUGGAUUGCGUCAGGAAGAGUCUUUGCUGCUUAGCCUGGAUUGUCCCAGUCCUGAGCCUGAGAAAGCAUCGCCACAUUGACAAUCUGCUUUGCCUUCCAAGGAACAAACAUGCUCUGGAGCCCUCUGGAAAGUAUACCUGGGAUUCUUCAGUGGUGUUAAGUAGACAGUAGAGACUGAGGCUUUGAUAUUCAAGGUCUUAAGCAAGAAUCCCAAGUUUGACCAACUGGUACCAGGUCAAAGGUUUUUGUAUUCUUGUGAAAUUUUUUUUUUUGUCCCUAUUGACCAGGGAUGUUAUUGUAAAUAUAUGUGCAUUUAUAAAUAAUUUUUCUAUUCAUUGACCUUGUGUGUUGGCUGCAAUGUAAAUGUUUUUUUGUAUGCUAAAAUUAUAUAUGUCUAGUUACUAUAUUGGCAGCAGCUUCUCAGUUCAGUUCACAGACAGACUUUGUAUAAUUUAGUUUAGUGAGAUCCAAAAAGUUUGUUUAACAGAGUUCUAAAACUCUUUGUUAAGAAGUACAUUAAUGGGACAGGCACUUAGUGAUUGUGUGCACACAAACACAGUCUUGGUGUAAUUAACUACUUACUCCCUGCUCGAAGGUUCGUGCAUGUAAUCAUUUGCCACCUAUUUAUAGGUGCCAGGUGAUAAUCACUUUCCAGCUUCAAAUGUCUUGCUCUUUCAGAGCCUGGCAACCUUGUCACGGCCGAAUGAGCAUAGGGGAUGACUUGUUUGGGGACUGUCUUCUUUCAGUAAAGUACUGUGUUGACAAGGAAACCAAAGAUUGCUUUUUUUCUGUAUUCAAUCCUUUACUGAUGUAGAGAAUGUCUUAGGAGAGCAAGUGUGUUCUUGGGAGUUGAGCAUACAGAAGUUCCUGCACUGCCAACUUCGGAGUGGUCCCUUUUUUUUUUUUUUGUCUUUUUGAGACAGGGUCUCUCUGUAGCCACAGCUGUCCUGGAACUCACUAUGUAGACCAGGCUGGCCUCGAACUCACAGAGAUCCACCUGCUUCUGCCUCCCAAGUGCUGGGAUUAAAGGCGUGCGCCACCACGCCCAGCUACUGGAGUGAUCUUUAUUUUAUACAAGCUAUUAUUGAAGCCAAAGAGCUUUCUGAAUUUCUGGUAGCAAAGAGCUCUAUGUAUACACAAAGACUAACACUAAAGAAAUGUUCACAUUUCCCCAGACUGUUUAUUCCAUGUGGAACCCGAGUUACCUGCUAGAUGGCUCUAGUCCUCUGAAAGCUCACCCUGUAAUCAUUGUCUGUUUCUAGGGAUCCAAAUGCACAUAACUCCUCAGCUUUUUGUCAGAAAGGUCAAAUAGAUUUCAUACCUCUUCAUACUUGUUUUAAUCUUACAUUUUUCUCUCACAGACAGCAGCCCUUUGUUAGUUUUUUUUUUUUUAACUUUUCUUUGAACUGUCACAUUCUCUUCAUUUUCACUUUGAACUUUAAAAGUAUAAGUUUUCUUAUCCGUUCAGCCUAUAAGCCUUCUUCCUUUUGAACUGUAUUCUGGUUUUAUGCUGGUCUGACUAGGAGUUAGGAAACUUGGCUUCCUUCUCCACCCUGCUCUUCACUAGCCAUGUGGUCCCUAGACCCGAGUCCUCUUUUAUGGGAUGAGACUGUUUACUGGCUGCUCUAAACCUUUUUCCAGCUGUAAUGUCCUAUGAAUCAGCACUUCCCUCCGGGAACCAAAGAGAAUUGUGCUCCUUAAUAAAAAACUGCUUUUGUGAACUAUUUGUUAGCCUAGAACAAGAAUGAUGCUGCUUGCUCUGACUCGAGCCAUAUUUAUUUCCCCUAUACAGGAGUAAUGGUCUUCUAAGAAAUGCUCAGUUGGAAAAAAAGUCCUCUGUUUCUAAACAGUCUCAGUAAAUGCAAAGAAUCCUGGCUGAGUUGAAAAAUCUCCCUUUGCUCCCUGGAACAGCAGGUUUGUUGUAAUGUAUGUAUAAUGGUGUUACAGCACACCAGAGGACCAAAUCUGUGAGGGCUGUGCUAAAGCUAAUUUGUACUGGUGUAUGUCUUACUUUCACACUGUGAAGCAUCCAGAAAUCUAGUGCUCUCAUUCAGUCCGAUUCUCCAGAGUGGAAAGUGGCCUUGGGGCUUGGCUGCUAGGGAUUAUGCUUGUGAGCAUCAGCGAUCACUUGUCAGGGUAGAAGGCAGACCAUCCAACUGUCCUCUAGAAACUACCCAGGAGUAUUGCCUCUGUGCUCCACCAUUGGUCCUUCUGUGGUCUCCUGGGGGUGUUCUUCAUUGUGUUGGCUAGAUGCUUGAACUGUCACCCCAGAUACUCCCUGCGUGCCCAAAUAGCUAGUCAGGAAUCUGUUUACAAACAGGAAGGGUCUACCUCUGGUCUUAAAAUAAUAAUUGUUAUCCUAGGAAAAGGAAUUCCUGAAACAACUUCAUUGCAUAUGCUUUCCACUAAAUAGUCUUUGCCCUCUGGCUCCCCCGCACUUCUUCCUAGCAGAACAGUGCUUAGUUAAUCUAGAACACUGCAAAGUCAGGCAAAUGGAAUGCUCAGAGAAAUCAUUUCUCCCCUGCAUUUCAGUAGGAUACAUAACUUCUCUUAAUUUGUGCCCCUCUUAAGCUGUUUCUCCAAGUCUACCUAUAAGAAGUACCCUUUUCCUUGAGCUCCAGGCCUUACUGGCACAGGAUCUGCACCUAAGCCGUUGGCUUUCUGUUAGUUGUAUCUUCACAUUCAGGCUGCUGUCCAGAACUGGAAGUACCUGAAACCUUCCCCAACAGAUAGUUGCCCCUAGAGGUGCACUCAGAAUGCUAUGCAUGGGUAUUUUUUGGUAAGGUCACUUUAACGUUUAAAAAAAAUUGGUUGCACAUUGCCCAUUGAGGGAUUGUAAAAGGAACCAUGAUGUCUAUCAUGAGUCUACACCAGGCAGUUGAGGCACUGUCAUCCAAUUUCCUGUGAAAAGGGUGACAUGCUAGAAGUCUUUACUUACAGGUUGUCAUAUGAAAUGACAGGACAGAAUCUACAGAGUGGUGUGUGUUCAUAUCCCAAUCUGUAUAAGCUAACCCUGAUGAUUACAUUUAUCUAAUUAAAAUGAUCUGCCUUUUGAGGGAAAGGCAUGUGUAGAAACUGAUCUGUUAGUCAUGCUGAAGAGAUUUCUGCAUUGAGAUCGAGUGUGUGUGGGCAAGAUGACGCUGAACAUCUUCCAUUUAUCAUCAAAAAUCGCCAAAUGCAACGAUAGGCAGUCCUCCUGCUUCAGCCUCCCAAGUGUGGGGAUUAUAGGUGUGCCCACUAUGCCUGGCUUGACCAAGUUUUAUUGUUAUUUCUUAACCUAUGGGACCCCCCCCCCCAACUAGAAAGGAGUUGGUGUUAACGGUGUUCAGUUUUAUACUUAAUAUUUUACCCAAAGGUGUCAGUAUGGCCUUUCCUCAUGGGUUCAGUAUCCAUCGACAUGCUAGCAGCGUAACGAAGUAACAGAUGUAGUUGUUGAUGAUGCUGGGCGUUGAGCCCAGGGCUUUGUGCAUGCAGUUUAUACUGAGUUCAGCCCGGUAUUUGUUGUCUUUAUGUGAAACAUGCUCCAUCUUUGGACUUUUUUCCUUUUGGCAUUACUGGAGAUGGAACCUAUAACCUGCAUUGCAGGCAAGUGCUCUCCCUCUGAGCUCCAGCUCCAGCUGGAACUUUGUUCUUAUUGUUUUGAUACAGAUGACAUGGUAAUUAUAAAAACAAUGGGACCAUAAAAGUUUGAGCUAUGUUUUGCUUUUUCAACCUUCAAGCGCUUUUUUUUUCUGUUAUCUCUUUCCCAGUCCAGUUUGGAGGUAUGCUCCCCACCUCUCCUCCCACUUUAAACGUUGUGUUUAGUUUAUAAUCUAAAUAUACAGCAGUUAGCCUCCCUUCUUUUUUGGACAUUUGCCUGGGUCAUUGACAAAAGUUAUAUGUUCUGAGUUACCAAACUGCACUUACAGCAUCUGAAAACCCAAGACUCACCUUAGGUUUGUGAGAAAGAGGAAGGUGUGUGUGUGUGAUGCACUGGGCAUCAAACCCAGUGGUCUUGCACAGUCCAGACAAGUGAGCUGCACCAGUCCCUGGCGGUGUUGAACUUUAAGAGUUAGGAUUUGGAUCCACCCUCUCAAGGUUUCAUGGUAUUUUCUUCCAGUCCGGAUAAGUCCCCAAGGGGUGGAGUGUGACUGAAGAGCAGCUCGACUCUCCCUGUUGGAUGUGAGGAGUGAAGUAGUCUUGCAGCAACUGUUUGGAAAGAAGCCGAUCUUGAGGUGAUCAAGUACUCUAGAAGUAUCUCUUGGCUAUUUAAGGUGGCCUCUUGGUCCACAGAGGGACUUAUUUCUACUUCUACUGUCCUCUGUUAGUUUUUUUCUCCCAUUAGAGGAGGUCAGGUUGAGCAGCUCUGGUGUUAGACUUAUAUAAAGAGAAAUAUAAGCCAAGUUGUUGUUCAGUGUGGCCCUUUCCUGAUACCAAUUAUAUUUUCUCACUUAAGAAUGUAUAUUUUAUAGAGCAUGUGUUUGUCGACUUGUCUACUGUAAUAUGUCUUCAAUAAAGCUGAAACACAC